AUGGCGGAAAACGAGGGACCAGUCAAUGUGGACGACUUGCCGACAGCUUUUCAAGUGAAAUAUUUGGGGCAGAGUGAGGCACGAGGCCUGUGGGGCAUCAAGCACACCAGGAAACCCGUCGACCUGAUGGUGGCCGCAGCGAAGGCUCUACCACCAGGUCAGAUCCUGCCCAUCGUGAGGCUGACCAUCAGCGUGGACGGCGUCCACCUGGAGACCGUGCCCGCGUCGAAGCGGGACGAGUUCGAGCACAUGUCGGUGUUCUUCAACAUCGAGGCCAUCUCGUACGGCGUGCAGGACCUCGUGUACACGCGGGUCUUCUCCAUGAUCAUCGUGAGGGACAGCGCGGACCCCAAGGGGCUCAACCCCUUCAUAUGCCACGCGUUCGUCUGCGAGUCCAGGAAUGCAGCGAGACGAUUAACUUAUUCAUUGGCAGCGGCUUUCCAAGAUUAUUCUAGAAGAGUGAAAGAGAUGCAAAAUGCACCCGAGUUGGACGAAAGGCCGCCCAACCUCAAGAAGCGGUUCGCAAUAGACCUGCGCACUCCUGAGGAGAUCGAGGCUGACUUCGAAACUGAGGCU